CAACAUCCGAGGCCGAUCUCCCCAGUUUUGAAUUCCCCAUUGACCGACUCCAUUGUCGGUGUCGAUUCCUAGCAUCGACGAGCAAGAAAGCCGUCGAAGAAGCCUUCGGUGCACUGCGAGCUGGCGGCGCGUAUGCAUGUUUCUUUCCGCUGCUGCUGCUGCGACUCUCACGUUUUCAGGUCAUUUGGAGGCGCAGAGUUGAUGGGAUGAGAGAGAGAGAGGGUGUGAGGUUGAUGCCGCCGGCUUGAAUUGUGGGCUGAAUUCUGUGUUGGGAAGGCGGCGUCGAGUGGAAUUGGGAGUUUUUUUUCUUUAGAUUUUUAGUGAAAGGUGCGGCGGAUUACUAGAUGGUGUGAACAGCUGUGGGAUAGUUUUGAAGUGGUGUACAGAGAGGAAUAAGGCUGGGCGGAGUGUCAACAUGGUGAUAAGUCCUUUGGUUGAAGAGGAUAUGGACAUUGGUCUCUAUGGGGACGAGCCUGAGGAGCCGGCCCUUCCACGCAAAAAGGUUCCUAUGGGAGACAUAUACGAGGCAUCUAGGGCGGGUGAUGUUGAUCGUUUGAAGCUUCUACUUGAUGAGGGAGUGAAUGUGAAUGCUCGUGAUAACUGGGACUCUGUUGCACUUUAUUACGCAUGUUUGGCAGGGCACCUUGACGCAGCCCGUAUUUUGCUGGAGAAAGGGGCAAUUUGCAGUGAAAACACAUUUGAUGGCGAUAGAUGUCACUAUGCCUCUUUAAAUCUGCAAGUGCGUAGGCUCUUGAAGGCAUUUGAGGCACGGCCUCCCCCUCUUGAUCCUCUUCCGCGAACUUUUCGGGAGCUCUUCGUCAGCUUUGAGGCCAAUUGCAGGUAUCUGGAGGGUGCACCUGUGAAUUACAACGACAACAGCAUUUAUGGAAUGAAGCAGGAUGGGAGGUCACAUACGGAGACCGCAGCUCACGAGAAGAUCUUAAGAGACGCUGAGGAUUGUCUUGGACCAGAUGUCAUUUUUUAUAUUAGUGGAAGACCAUUUGGAGCUCAUCGCGCUCUACUGGCAGCUCGGAGUCCGUUUUUCAAAGAGCAAUUCCAAGGAAAGUGGAAGCACCGGCAAGUAGUUCGUUUGGCGAGGCCCAGACUUACUUUUGCCGCACUUUUUAGCUUGGUUCAUUUUUUCUACACGGAUAGAUUGGAUGUGGCUGUCGAGGAUAUGGAGGACCUGGUGCUUAUUUGCAAAAACUGUAAGUGCUUGGCAUUACAGAAAGUUUUGGAGAAUGAGUUGGCACACCAGAAAUAUGCUGACUACAAGUCUAUCAAAAGGGUAGAUGACUCUCAAAAGAGGUUUAUUUUUCAAGGAUCAUCGUUGCCUGAAUCUGAGCGUUUGUCGUCAGCAUUGUACAGCCUGUUCACUUUGUCACUUUCAAACUCGGCCCAGAGAAAGAAAUCUGAUAGUAAAGGUGAUGAGGACAGAUCAAAGCCUUCGAGGACGUCAGUUGAUUCAUCUAAGUCUUUCAGCGCAAAUAACAGAGACAUAAUUGUUGACAGAAAGGACACUAGCGAAGGAGGUGACAUUGAGAAGCUGGAAGUAGAAAUGAAUGAAUGCUCUAUCAGUAAGCAAGAUGAGCAUUGUGAAGAAGAUCACGCAGAUGUGUGUUUUUUAGUGGGAAACGAGAAGUUCAGGUGUCAUCGUUUUGUAUUGGGUGCUCGAUCUGAAUACUUCAAGGCUAGAUUCUCGAGAACAACUGGAUUUAGAGAAGGAGUGGCAGGCUUGGCGACCAAUUCAGGGGCAGACUCAUUGCUUAUCUUGCAAGAAAAUGAUUUGAGCGCCUCAGCCUUUGAGAAGGUCUUGGAGUACAUUUACACGGAUUCAGUUAAAACGGUGGAUCUCGAUGAGGCAGAAGAGUUGUUCGAUGCUGCCUCGAGAUACCUUCUAUUCCCUCUGAAGCGUGCGGUUACGGAUGCAUUAUUGCCGCAACUGGAAACGGCCUCUCCAGCUGAUUUAUGUGGCUGGCUCCUUUUGGCUGACAAGUAUGGUGUAUGGAAACUUCGGGAACACUGUUUAGACGCCAUGGCAGCAAACUUCGAAUUUUUUUCCGGGAUCCCGGAAUUUAGGCAAAUGCUCUUGUGCCUUCCACCCCCUUCUGGAGACUUGGCUGAGCGGACAACUGCUCCGAAGGCUCCUGGGGUUGAAGAUGGCCCUCAAGCCGGAGAAAACGUGCUUGAUGACUUGCGUGAGAAGUGGUUAAACGAAGAAGGAUCCGAAUUAGACAAGCGUGAUGAAAGUGCACUUGAAUUCGACAAGAGAUUGGAGCAGCUGAUUGCCAUUGCUGAGGAGGAAUACGUGCAGAAUGAGUCUUAACACAAUUUCGACCCUGAAUGACGAUUAUAUAUAUAUUCGCAGCUGUGGGAUAGUUGAUUUAAAUCUCAUGUUCGAUGCAGCAUCUUCACUGUGUUUUUUUUAUGGAUUCCAUUCUCUCUAGUCGAGUGCAUGCUGUAGCUUUCCUCAAGAAAGCAGUAUUGGCAAGGCUUGGAGAUGAGAUCUGUAAGUACUUGAUACUGCAAAAUUAAGCAAUGUAUCGACCACUCAUUUGAUGAAUCGUAUCUCAAUAUGAAUAUAUGUCUUAUGGGGUCAUCCCUGGGUCACCUGAU